AUGCUUCGUCUGGAUCCAUCCGCUGCCGUUCUGACAUCAACUCAUCUUUUGCUUGUUAAACUUUGUCUCCAGGCAAAGGCAUAUUCCUACGCGCUACCCAUCCUGAACAAGCAUAUCUGUCAUUUUCCAGAUUUGCCUGAACGAUCUUCCUCGGAGCCGUCUGCGAUCUGCGUGGGGCCCGGUUCAAGUCUGUCCUUCAUCACGGGUGUCUCCGGGUUUUCAGCGAAGCUCACCUAUCAGGAUUACCUGCGGUACUUUGUCUAUGGCGGGAUGAUUUACAUGACACUCAAGGAAUGGCAAAGUGCACUUCACUUCCUCGGGGUUGUCAUUUCCAUGCCAACGGCCAAUUCCGUGAGCGCGAUCAUGGUGGAAGCCUACAAGAAAUGGGUGCUGGUUGGGUUACUUGAAAAGGGCAAGCUAUGCGCCCCGCCGAAUAUCACGGCGGCCCACGUGAUGAGGGUUUAUCAAUCACUCGCGAGGCCAUAUGUUUCACUUGCUCAGGCUUUCGAGCGUGGCGAUCUGAAGCGGCUUCAGGGCGAAGUUGAUGCUGCGAAAGAUAUUUGGUGUGCGGACAACAACUUCGGUCUUGUUUCCCAGGUACUUGAUGCCUUUUUCAGGCAAAGUGUCAUCAAGCUUGGGAGGACCUUCGCUGCUUUAACAGUAGCGGACCUUGCAAGACAAGUAUUGCCCUCGCCUGCGGAGGAAACAGUGACUGAGUCUGCCGUAUCCUCACUCAUCAUGUCUGGUGUAUUGGACGCCUCCUUGGUGCAGACACAAGAUCCCGCGGGACUUUCCAUCCUACGCUUCUCGGCCGUUCCCUCGUUCCCUCGGCUCUCACACGAGCUUGAAGUACAAUCUUGUUUGAAGAAAGAACGCCAGCUGAUGGAGCAUUUAGUGUGCAAUCUUGAAGAAAUCAAUACUGCACUGGGCAUGAGCGAUGAAUGUCUCGAUAGUCUUCAAAGAGGUCAAGCAUGGGCUGCCUCUGGUGGAGUCAAUCCGACCCCUACGGAGACGGUCGGUCUUGAAAUUGAUGAAGACCUGAUGGGUGAUAUGUCCUGA